AUGUUGGAGUCCCUCUUCAGGAACCCGGCCUGGGCUGGGGCGUCCUCCUCCAAGUCCAAGCCCGCCCCCGUGGCUGGCGGCCCCGAGGGCCGCCCAACUAUGAUUGACAUCAGGCGGGCCAACAACGUGUCCAUCAUGAUGACGCGCUUCAAAGCCUUCCCCGGGGGCGUGGGGGGCAUGAUGCACGCCGUUCUCAGCUUCCAGGGGCUAACGUGGGAGGAAAUGGGCCUCAUUCGACAGAUAGCCCCGAAGAAGGGGGAAAGAAAGGACUUCAAGGACUUUGGGGGCGCGCCGCAGGAUCUGACGGCGGCCGAGCGAGUGCUGCUGCAGAUGAACCAAGUGCCCAGGUUGAAGGCCAAGUGCCGCGUGGCGCUGUUCAUCAUGAAAUGGGAGGAGCUCCGCAACGAGAGCGUGCAGGCGCUGGACACCGUCCAGGCCGCCUGCCAGGAGCUUCGUCGGAGCUCCCGCCUCCAGAGCGUCCUCUCAUGCGCCCUGACCGUGAGUGCCCCUUUCGCGCAACACCACCCGCUCACAGACCUGCCAUUGCCCCUGCCCGCCCAUGGACACCGCGGCCGCCAUUUCAUCCAAGGUCCGCUUACAAAUCGCACAGCCAUCUCUGACCCGGGACGCUCGCCUUUUGCCAACCAGGUGGGCAAUGCAGUCAACGAUGGAUCUCCCAAGGGCAGCGCCAGGGCCAUCACGCUGGAGUCGCUGGCUGCCUUCACAAGCUUCAAGGUCACAGGCAGCUCGGCGCCGUCGUCCUCCCCGCCUGCCCAGCCAGCACGCGGGCCCCUCGCCGGCGCCCCCCAGGCCAGCACCCAGGCCAGGACACUCUUGGACUUCCUGGCACGCGUGGUGAGGGGCCUGCCAGGGGCAGCCCACCAAGGGGCAGGGGGCUUCUUGGGUGGCCAGACGCCCAGCCUCCCCGCGGCCGCCCCUCUCCUCUCCGGAGGCCUCCAAGAGCUGGAGGAGGACGCCGCGGUCGGCCUGAAGAAGGCCAUGGCCGAGUACGCGGCCAUCUGUGGGAGGGCCUGGGUGGGGGGCCAGGAGGGGGGGGGAUGGCCGGGCGCGGCGGGCACAAGCGCAGCCCGGGGGGGGGAGGACGCAUUUGGGGCGCGGCUGCACGGCUUCCUGGCCAGCACGGAGGGAGCGCGGGGCGACCUGGCAGCCAGAAGGGCGGAUGUGGAGGCUGAAGUGGCCUCCGUUGCCGCAUGGUUUGGAGAGAGGCAGCCGCACCGCGCCCCCCAAGCCCUCACACUUCUCAUCACCUUCAUCACGCAGUUCGACGCCGCCUACGCCAUGACGGCCGCCUGA